AUGAAAAUCAUAGCUGGAAUUGACAAAGAUUACCAAGGUGAAGUUGUUUUUCAACCAGGAUAUAGUGUAGGGUAUCUACCUCAAGAACCUAAACUAGAUCCCACUAAAACGGUAAAAGAAAUUGUACAAGAAGGAGUUCAAUCAACCAUGGAUGUGUUGGCAGAGUAUGAGGAGAUUAAUAAUAAAUUCAUGGAGGAAGAAAUCAUGAAUGAUCCUGACAAAAUGAAUGAUUUGAUAGAAAGACAAGGGAAAGUUCAGGAACAGAUCGAUCAAUUAGAUGCUUGGGACAUUGAUAGUAAAUUGGAACAAGCCAUGGGUGCAUUGAGGACGCCUGAAGGAGAUACAUCUAUUGAGAAUUUAUCUGGGGGAGAGCUUAGGCGAGUUGCGUUAUGCAGAUUGUUAUUACAAAAUCCAGAUGUAUUGCUACUAGAUGAGCCAACGAAUCACUUGGAUACUGAGUCAGUACAGUGGUUGGAGCAACACCUGAAUCAAUAUAAAGGAACAGUAAUAGCAGUAACUCACGAUAGAUUUUUCUUAGAUAACAUAGCAGGAUGGAUUUUAGAAUUAGAUAGAGGACAUGGAAUCCCUUGGAAAGGGAAUUAUUCCUCUUGGAUGGAUCAAAAGUUAAAACGAUUACAACAAGAAGAGAAAACGGAAAGUAAAAGACAAAAACAUUUGCAAAGAGAGUUGGAGUGGGUAAAUCAGAAUCCUAAGGGAAGAAGAGCUAAAAAUAAAGCUCGUAUUGCUAAUUAUGAGAAGAUGUUGAGUCAAAAAUCAGCUGAAAAAGAAGCAAAACUUGAGUUACCUAUUCCAAAUGGUCCAAGAUUAGGAAAAGAGGUAAUAGAAGCUACUAGUGUAGCAAAAGCAUUUGGUGAUAAAGUGUUAUAUGAAGAUUUAAACUUUAAAUUGCCACCAGCAGGAAUAGUAGGAAUUAUCGGUCCUAAUGGAGCGGGGAAAACAACGAUGUUUCGUAUGAUAAUGGGAGAAGAUGCUCCAGAUUCGGGAACAUUUUCGGUUGGAGAUACUGUGAAAAUUGGGUAUGUAGAUCAAAAGCACAAAGAUUUAGAUCCUGAAAAAACUGUUUACGAAGUAGUGUCUGGAGGGGCAGAUAAUAUAGAAAUAGGAGGAGAGAAAAUUAAUGCAAGGGCUUAUAUUUCUAGGUUUAAUUUUGGUGGAAAUAGCCAAAGUAAGAAGAUAAAAGUACUAUCUGGAGGAGAAAGAAACAGGUUGCAUUUAGCCAUGACAUUAAAAACAGAAGCGAAUGUAUUAUUACUGGAUGAGCCUACCAAUGAUUUAGAUGUAAAUACAUUAAGAGCUUUGGAGGAAGGAAUUCAAAACUUUGCAGGAUGUGCUGUAAUUAUUUCUCACGAUAGGUGGUUUUUAGAAAGAAUUUGUACUCACAUUUUAGCGUUUGAAAAUGACUCAACGGUCUAUUUCUUUGAAGGAACAUAUCAAGAAUACGAGGAAAACAAAAUUAAGAGACUUGGUAACCAAGUUCCUACAAGAGUGAAAUAUAAAAAGUUAAUGAGGGAUUAA